AUGCGUAAUGUGGGGUCACCGUUUAGUAAUCCCCCACGAACGAGGGCAAAAGUGCUAGACAGAUUGCACGAGGGCCAUCCUGGCAUUUGUAAAGCGAAGGCCCUAGCAAGAAGGUAUAUCUGGUGGCCGAAGAUAGAUGCUGAUUUGGAACGAGUAGUGAAAUCAUGUGGCCGGUGUCAGGAACACGGGCGGAUGCCUUUGGUGGCUCCAUUACAUCCAUGGGAGUGGCCAAACCGUCCGCGGCUGAGAUUACACGUAGACUAUGCGAGUCCGUUUAUGAGAAGGAUGUUGUUGGUUAUACUUGACGUGUUUUCAAAAUGGUUAGAGAUACACACCGUGGCAUCAGCUACGUUGCAGGCAACAACUGAGAGUACCCGAGCAUCCAUCGCAACUCAAAAUCCAACGGUAUCACACACAUCAAGUCUGCUUCGUAUCACCCCGCGUCAAACGGGCUUGCUGAACAGAUGGAACACACCUCACAUGAAAACGGGAAUAACACCAGCUGAGCUACUCCUCGGGCAAAAACCGAAGACCUUGUUAGAUUUGGUGAAACCAAACAUUGCCGAGAGAGGACGCAGAAAGCAAAGAGAGGGUAAGAAAUGUGGUAGUACGGGACUCGGGCUUAGUCUGGGAACCUGA